AUGCCAAGGGGGUUUCCCGAUGACAUUCCAUGGCGCCGCAGCGAUGUUGAGUCAUUGCAUCGCUUCUUAAAAUCAGCCAAUGAUCGAGUGGAUCUAUCUGAUUCAUCUAAUGAGUUAUUAAAAACUAGUGAUAAUUCUUCUGAAUCAACUCCAGCCUUUGCGGAGACAUCCUUCAACACCAAGCCAAAAUCAUCAAGUGAAAUAAAUUACGGUUCUGUAUCCAAACGUCGAGAUUCCAGUAAAUCCUUUGCCCGAAGGGAUAAGAUUAAAGUGCCUUAUUUGUCGAAUGACAGUCCAGAAACAUUUGCGAAUAUAUGUAUAUUGCGUGGGCAAACUGGUUGUGGAAAAACAACCGCUGUACGUCUCCUAUCUGAAACGAUUGGCCUCAAAGUGAUUGAAUAUGACCCAUUUGAGAGCGAUGUUGUCUACAUAUCGGAUAAUGGAACUCAUGAUGCAGUGGCUGCCACGUUCUUACGUUUUUUGGACACUGUUCGUCGUAAGCCCGGGAUUUGCGUAUCGCAAAAAAACACAGUUUACAAUCGCGAAAUAGCUAAAGAUGUAACUUCAAACCGUCUUAAACGUCCACGUUUAGCGUUGUUGAUGCCCACAGCUGGAUCCAAAUCACAUUCUGACACUAGUUCAACAUCGGAGCCUCACAUCAUACUACUAAAGGACCUUCCUCGUACUUUAAUAACUAACAAAACUGAUUGCUCUCGUCGAAUACAAGAAAUAACCAACAGCAUUCUAGAUGGUGAGGGCACAAGCAAUGGUAUUACAAAGUACCCUAUGCUAAUAUGCGUGAACAACACUGCUAGUGAUCGGCAAUUGCUACGUAGCAUUUUGCCAUAUAAUUUUAAACAGCAUCCGAGGUGUAUGAUUCUACAGGUUGGUCAAAUAACCAAGAGCAAGUUGAGAGCUAUAUUGUAUCGUCACUUGGAUUUUUGGGGAAGGGGACGAACUCGGCAAAAUGAGAUGUUGAUAGACUUUCUUACCAGUGCCAGUUGCGGAGACAUGCGUUUUGCUAUAGCAAAUCUCCAUUUUUAUUCCAGCGUCAAUCGCACUUCUUCAAAGAACACUGGUGAUGAGAUGGAAGUUCUUAGUCGUCUUUUGCUGGAGAGAAACCCUUCCAAUGCUGUAUUUAAUGUCAUAGGAAAGGUGUUAGUCAAUAAACGCAUUCCGGUUAUUCUCGAUGAUAGCGAAUGUGACAUCACGGAAGAUAACGUUUUAGGGCCUUCAGAACAAGGCGUAAAUUCUUUAGAACGUUUUCGCCACUGUUUUCAGCUUUCAGCACCAUUAAGGGUUAGUGAUUGUGACAAGGAAGGGGCAGUUUUGUCUUUACCGGAUGAUUAUUCAGAUAUUUUGGAAAUUCUGCCGAAUCUCUGUGCCAAUAUUUCUGAAGAAUUGUUGACCUUUGAGGUUGCUACGGAAUCUCAGGGCGAUUUGCCUCCCCCGUGUAGUGAGAUGCUAUGGGAGAAUAUGUUUCGUUCGUUAUACGAGAACCAUUUUGACACUCAGUUAUGGGCAGAUAUGCCUACGGAUGUCAGACUUUAUGGUCUAUUAAAGCCAUUCAACAAAUCGGAACCACUAUCAUUUUGCCGAUGGCCCGUUAUUCAAGCAACACCAAAUGUCGAACCUUGCAGGUUUCCGCGUUCAUCACACUUGCCGUUGUUAACACGCCCUCAAAUGUAUUACAACCCCGACGAAUUGGUUCAAAACAGUUCUAUUGAUAGUGUCUUUUUGGUCGACAGUCUACAUGAGAACUACAGUUCGUAUUAUGAAUCGAUAGAAGAUUGCGCAGCGUUGACUGCUCAGCUAUGUGCGGCUGAUGUGUUUGCAUCUGGAUAUCGCCAUGCUGGAAUCAUAGGAGACGAUUUAUUGGAUGACGUUAAUACCAGGUUUGCUUGCAUAUGUGUUCGAUCUACAAGCCAUUCUAACCUUGGAGGUUCUGGUGUUUCAACACAAUUUCGCGCUUUCACGAAAGGCACAUGGCAUUCGGAAUCAAAACAUGACAUGAACCAUUUGAAGGAUCUUUAUGACCAACACAUACGUGACUUGGCUUCAGGGAACCAGGUGACCUCAAAGAGCAUAACUAGUGCUUACAUGUGCAAAAAUCGUGCAUUUGUAGAGCUGAUACCAUUUAUUUACAUGUUCAUGUACAGCGUCCCAGGGAAGCAUGAUGCUGACAUGCCUUUGUUUGGUCAGAUAGAUGACGUUAUUUCACAGCCUAUAUGGGAGCGAAUCAAUAUGAUUAUGGAUGAACAACCAUGCAGUGCACCUGAGCAAAUGAAGUCCAAUGCCACGAUGCCAGUAGGUAUGCUGGGUAGCAUUACGCCGAAGUUAAAGGAGGUAUUGUCAGAGCUCAGUAAACAUUACGACAGCAACUUCACACACGUACAGACGUAAUGGCAACGUAGUAGUAAGGGGUUAACUUCCCAUGCCUAAUUCGUG